CGCCUGGCGGCCCCCGGGAGGCGCUGCGCGCCGGCAGCCCGGGCACCGCGAGGCGGAGAGGCGGCAGGCGACACUGGGAAAGAGAAAGGGCAAGAGGGACUCCUGCCUGCACCUUGGGUCUGGACUGUUCAUCUUGAAACGUCGCUGAAUUCUACCUUCACUUCUGCCCUGAACCUCUGGACUUGGAGAAAACUUGGCUCCUUUCCGUAGAAUCUCUACACUGAUCAAUCAAGAGCAGAAAAUCUGAAGAGAUGCCAGCAGGAAAAAGAAAUUAACUACAAGGCCCAAGGAGCAAUGCAACAGGCAUGAUGGAGGUCGAGUCCUCCUACUCGGACUUCAUCUCCUGUGACCGGACAGGCCGUCGGAAUGCAGUCCCUGACAUCCAAGGCGACUCGGAGGCCGUGAGCGUGCGGAAGCUGGCUGGAGACAUGGGCGAGCUGGCACUGGAGGGGGCAGAAGGACAGGCAGAAGCAAGCACUUCUGACAAGGAGGCCAGCAACCAACCUGAGAGCUGUGAUGGAACCACCUCAUCUUGAGUCUGCCUUUGUCCACAGAGGCUGGAAGAGAGACCUGCUGUCCCCCUGCCCCCCGGAACAAGAGCCCUGGCACUGGCCAAGUAGCCUCUUCUCUGAGCCCAUGUGCCAGGCCAAACUAUGAAGCCCUGUGGAGGCCUCCAUGGCCCCUUCUCAGAAAGCUCUUUGCCCACCCCACAGGCUCCCUAUAACCACCACCCUCUCGCCAUGCCCAGGUACACUUUGAAGAUGCUGUAACCACAGGAUGUUAUUUAUUCAGUGGGGCAGGGCUCGGGUCAGGCCCUGUCUACCAGGUGAACAGCCAGGUCACGUUCCUUCUGCUGCCGUCUGGAUGGGACUGAGCAUGUCCUGGCACCGCCCCUCCUUUCCAACCCCAGCCUCUGGGCCAAGACCUUCAUAUCCCUUUUUUAAGAAACACUUUUAAACUUUUUUAAAAACUUCAAACCUUUCUUCAGCAGAGGGAGGGAGCUGACAAUCAAUUCCUUUUUGUUCUGGAAGCUGUUUCAAGCUGGCUCUGACCAUCUAUGCAGCUCUGAGGCUCCCUCAUGGAGCUUCACAGGUCCAUUGUUAGGGAAAGGAUUUGGGAUCUAAGCUAACUGACGGAUUCUUUGCCCUUUCUACCAAGAUAAGUGACACUUAGGCCCUGAGAAAUAAAGCUGAUUUGUGUGA